CCGUACUGUGUGCUCCGCAGCAGUUUGAAUGUUCGGCGCGGGUUAGCUGCAGAAGUUUUGUUGUGACGGUGAAAGAAAAGCAGAAUGGCCUCUAACACAUGCACCGACGAGGGUGCAUUCAAGACCCCUAAAACCGCCCGAGUGAAGCGCUUCGGAAGCAACGGAGGCACCCCCAUCACCAUCCCUGCUUCACCUUUCAUGAAGAAGUUGGGGUGUGGGACUGGAGUCAAUGUUUACCUCAUGAACAGAAUGGAGAAGCUGAAUGCAUCUCCCUGGGCUGUGAAGAAGAUCAACAGCAAAUGUGCAUCGAAGCAGGUGGCUGUUUACCAGAAGCGCCUGAACGAGGAGGCAAAGGUCCUGAAGGGAAUCAAUCAUCCAAACAUUGUUGGUUUCCGUGCCUUCGCCACGGCCAAAGACGGCUCCAAGUGUCUGGCCAUGGAGUAUGGAGGAGAGCAGUCCCUCAAUGACCUCAUAGAGAAGAGGAGAGAGGACGGCCUCAAAGCUUUCCCUGCAGCCAACAUAGAAAAAGUGGCGCUGCAUGUGGCUCGUGGUCUGCAGUAUCUUCACAAUGAGAAGAAGCUGCUGCACGGCGACAUGAAGUCCUGUAACGUGGUCAUUAAAGGCGACUUUGAGACCGUCAAGAUCUGUGACGUUGGUGUGUCUCUGCAGCUGGAUGAGAACAUGAGAGUGUCAGAUCCAAAGGCGGACUAUAUCGGCACAGAGCCGUGGAAGCCAAAGGAGGCUCUGGAGGAGGGAGGAGAGAUCAGCGACAAGGCUGACAUCUUCGCCUACGGUCUGACUCUGUGGGAGAUGAUGACACUGGCUAUGCCUCAUCUGGAGAUGCUGGAGGGUGACGACGAUGAGGAAGAUGAAGAGGACUCGGUGGAGGUGAGUUUUGAUGAGGACGCGUACUACGAGAGGUUGGGGACGAGGCCGGCGCUGGAUACCGAGGCUCUGGGCGGCUCGUACAGGAGGAUGGUGGAGCUCUUCUGUCUCUGCACAGAGGAAGACCCCAAGAAGAGACCCUCAGCCGCCCAGAUCGUCCAGGCUUUAGAGAGCAACGCCCCGCUGGAGAAAACACCUGCUGAGGUGAUUGUUAUCGACUGAUUUACACGGCUAAUUCAGAAUUUUCGUCAAAGAUUUAUAUUGAGGGAAUCCCCUGCCCGUGUUUUCCUAUUUUCCAGUUUGUUUGGGAGAUUUUUUGGUUCUAAUUUAGAAAAAAAAAAAACUACAGCUGAGUGACAGGUGAAAGUGUCAGUUGAUGGAGCACCAGAGGCUGGCUGUAAUCUCUACUGUACAUCUUUGUAUGUUGUCUUUUCUCUCCUGUACUGUCCACUUUUGUUGUGUAAAUGUUUUUGUUUGUUUUUUUUACUUUCAUUUCUUGUCACUUUCUCUUGAAGUUUUUUCUAAAUAUCUUUCUACCUUCAAUCUUUGGUAAAAUUCUCUUGGUCAAACUUGAAUUUUUGUCACUAAAUUAGAGUAAAAUCCCACAACCUGUGCUUUUGUUUUCUUUUUUUAAUGUCUUGCAAAUUCUAUUUCACUGAUGUAUCUGUGGCUGUAGUAUUUUAAGUGUUUCGUGGAGUUGUCAAAACAACCACCUACUCAUUUGUUCUGGAGCUGUAGAUCUUCAAACUUUCUGUUCUAAGCAGUGCUACAUAAUUUGAUUAGUGACAUUCCAGCAAACGUCAUCUGCUGAUGACUGUGAUACAGUCGAAACAAGCAGGUUAGUGGAUUUACCGUGGAAACUGAAAUCUCCACUCAAAGGCCCACUAACCUGCUUGUUUCAACUGUAUCACAUGGUCUUCUUUAGCAGAGGACGUUUGCUUGUAAGCCAAUAAAAAUAUGUAGCGCACUGGCAGAGCCUUGGAAGUUUACACAGCCGAACAAACAUGAUCUGAAAUGGAGAAUAUGCUCUAAUAGAAAUGCUCCUGCAAUAAUUAGAUACAUUUUCAAGAAUCAAGUCUAGGUUCAUAAAACAAAGGCAACAGGUUUAUUAAAUCUAUUUACAAAGCUGAAUGCCAAUAAAAACAACGGUGGUAUCCACCUUUCAACAGGUCAGUGUCUAUAAACAUAUUUUCCCUUCAAAGACGCCUGAAAACCUCGAAUCAAGAAAAAAAAAAAAACAGAACUUUUGAAUUAAAGUUUUAAAAGGAGGCUUCAGUUUUCUUUGAUGCAAAAGACAACAUGAAUCAAAGCUAGCUAUGUGUGUAUAUUCAGAAAUGUGAAAUAUUAUCUCUCCAGAUUUAAGAUCCUUAAGUAAAAUAUAAACAUCUGAAAACACUGCCAUUAUACACACAACAUUCAACAGUAAAAUGGGCAGCACUGAGUAUAAAUACCAAGUCAUAGGUGAAACAAA